AACGAAUCACGUCAAACCUUGAGGUGCUUACGUUUUCAAUUGACGCUAACUCCAAUUCGAUCCAAGAGCAACGAACGAAUCACGCCAGUGUCGAGCGGAUGACAAACAGAGUGCUUUUGAGGAAAAAAGGCAGUUGAAGGUCGUAUAAAUGCUGGGAUGAAGGCGAGAUCGGACGGAGGUUUUUACUCUCAGAACUGUGGCCAUGAAUUUUCAAACGAUUCUCAUUUUUCUGACUCUUCUCUCGGGCAUCCUGACAGAUCCCGGUGACCGGUCACAAGUUGGAGACCAGAGACGACCGCUCACCGGGGGGGAUGCAACCCCAUCAAGAAAGCGCCCAGCACCCUCGGGCGGAGACUCAACCCCUCAAAAACAGCGUUUCGCGAGUGGAAAUGCUACCCCCUCAAGACAGCGGCUGGAAGAAGACAUACUCCUACCAAGAAAACGUCCCGCAAGCCCUGGUGCAGAUCCAUCCGCACCACGCCACCGCUUUGCCGGCGGAGACACGGCAUCAUAUAGACAGAAAGGAGAUUCGGGCCCACCAAGACGACCUCCUAGCUCUGGAGGAGAUGCAAGUCCACAAAGACGUUUUGCUAGCUCCGGGGGAGAUGCUGGUCCGCCAAAACGUUCUCUCAGCUUUGAGGGAGAUGCAAAUCCCCCAAGGCGUUUUUCUAGCUCUGAGAAAGAUGCAAAUCCACCAAGACGUCUUUCUAGCUCUGAGAAAGAUGCAAGCUCACCAAGACGUCUCUCUAGCUCUGAAAAAGAUGCAAGCACACCAAGACGUCCUCUUAGCUCGAAGGGAGACGUUUCCCCGCUAAGAUCACGCCCCAGCAGUCCUACUAGAGUCGAAACCUCGUCCAGACGGCUGUCCAUCACUUUGGACAGAGAACAAUCAACUCCGAGACAACGGCCUACCAGUUCGCGACCGGCAAAUUCAGCGGGAGACGAGUAUUCCUUGACACAACGGCCCACAAACACCGCGAAAGACGAAUCACUUCAAAGAUCGCGAUCCACCAACUCUUUGAGGGACGAAUCGUUUUCAAGACAGUCUUCCACCAACUCUGCAAGAGAGGAAUCGCUUUCAAUACAACAAUUCCUCGACUCCAUGAGAGACGAAUCGCCCUCAAAACAGUGGUCCGCCAGCGCUGACGGAAAUGCUUCCCCGUCAAGACGACGAGAACGUGUUGAGGAGUCGAAAAAAACCUCCGAGUUCCCGACGGAGCUCACGAUGUCACAGAAGAAGGAAAAACUCCUGGAGCUAGGCAACAUGAGGGAGGAGAUGGAGAAAAUGCAGGAGGAAAUGGUGGGCAUGCUCCAGGACCUCUUUUGGUCGUCCAAUCUAACCGGCGACGAUAUGGAGAACAGCUUGAAUGCUAAGUCUAGGGCGACACUCCAGGCUAUCCUGAAAGAUGGCAUACAGGAGAUCACCGCCAAAUCCCACAAGUAUAUUGAUCUUGUCGACAAAACAAAAGCUCUCAUUAAAAACGCAGGAGUCCCGGGAAACUCAGCAGAAGCAGCAAAGAAUAUGAAGUCCCUUCAUAAAAUGAAGACUGACAUUACAGCGAUGAACGAGAACUACAUGAGGCAGAUCGAAAAAAACCUAAAAGGAAUGAUCGAAAUGGAGAAAUCUGCAAUCGGCGGAAAGGCGAUUUCUUUGGGGAGCUCCACGAGGACAACACCUAAGCUUCGAGGUCAUAAAGGGACAAGCACUAGCUCCCGCGGCGAGAGGAAGGCCACUUCCAUGAGUCAACCCGAGAUCCCAUCGCCACAAAGAACGGGAACCCUCAAGAGGAAAAACUCUUCGAGAGAGUGAUUAUUAGUGAAGAGUAACUAUUAGAAAUACCAUGGUAAACGUGACUUAUAAUGAUACUCUAAUGUCAAAAUGGCAUUUACUAUGUGUUUCAUAAAGCAGUAAGACACCAUUGUGAUAUUCACCGAGAUAACCUAGUAUGUUCCAAUCUUUUUCACCCUACUCUUCAGAAUCUUGAACUAAAGACACAGAGGCUGAAUUCGGCAAACCAAAAACCCCCAAAAUUAAAAUUUUUUAGCAUUACGGAAGGCUCAUGCGCCUCUGGAGACUUAUUUCCGGUUUUACUUUCUCUUCUCCCGUUCAUUUAUGAAUUUUCUGUGUACAUAUUUUCUCGGUCAUAAUUUUUUUCUCUUCUUAUUUUGCUAUCUCUCAAAGGGGCGCGUCUUUCGCGCGCCAAGGGGGCGUAGCUACCCAUUGGUAGCUACGCCCCCUUGGCGCGCGAAAGACCAUUGCAGAUUAGCCUUUUGGCGAAUCCAGCUUGCAAAAACGCUAAAGAUCACAACUACAAAUAUGCCGGGAUAAAUAUAAAGUAAGAAUAAAAUAAAUGACAAAAGUUGACAAGACUCAUUUCAACUUUUGUCACUUAUAAUUAUUCUUACUUUUCGGCUAGCCGAGCAUGUUCGUAGUUGCAUGUGAAUAGCACAUCUCUCAUUAUGUAGUGGCAUGUUCUUCUAUCUUUGUCAUCGAUUCUACUGAUGAUUAGUAUCUAGCUCGUAAUUCAUUUAGAAUAAAGGAAUGUCAAUAACAAUUGAGGGACUUGGAGGACAGGGCGAUUAAGUGCAAUGUUUGAAAAAAUUGAGAUAUUCAUGAACUCACCUAAAACUAAUUUGAAAGUAUAUUCAGUGAAAAAUUCACUAAAAUCCAAAUUCAAAGUAUCAAAAAGUGAGUUUAAAUUUCCUUUCUGCCAUCAGGAUCCAUGGAAUUGUGAAACUUCAAACAUGUAUUUUUUGAAAUAGCAAAAACUGCACUUAUGCACCUCGUCCUCCAAGCCACUCAAUUUCAUCUUGGUAUAUUAUUUUUACAAUUAUUAAAAUUUUAUAAACAAUAAAGAUGCAUCGUACACUUCAA